AUGGGCUCAGCCUGCGCCAGCCAAUCCAGCCUGCUGCAGAUCUCGCUCGGGCUGACGCUGCGCGGGGGCUUGUUACUCAUCUGGCUGAGCAAGAGUCAUCCUCCCGGCUCUGCCUGCGCCUUUCGGGAAAGGAGAGAUAAAGCAACGCUGCAACUGGGCAGCUUUGUUGUGUCCUUCGGCUUGCUUGUUAUACUUUUCACGGAUGAGUUGGGUCAUAUUUCCCACUGGAGAGCCAUCAUGGCAGGAAGUCUGGCUGGCAUGGUUGCAACCAUUGUGACUUACCCCACUGACGUAAUUAAAACACGGCUCAUUGUGCAGAACCGACUGGAACCAUCCUAUGAAGGAAUUCUUCAUGCUUUUUACAAAAUUUAUCAUCAAGAAGGACUCCUUGCACUCUACCGUGGCGUUUCACCAGCUAUAUUAGGUGCUGUCCCAUUUUCUGCGGGCUCAUUUUUUGUUUACAUCAAUCUGGACAAAAUCUGGCAAGAACCCAUCGUUCAUUUCACUCCCCUUCAGAACUUCAUAAAUGGCUGUGUAGCAGCUGGUGUGGCACAGACACUUUCCUUCCCCUUUGAGACUGUCAAGAGGAAGAUGCAGGUACAGAGCAUUCAUAUUACUAGUAACUUGUUAUACGUGCUUGUUGCAGGAGCUUGGGACAAGACUAACCAGAUGAUCACGAAUGCCACUUUGGUUCUCUUACCA